GUGGAGUGGUUGAAAAACGAGUUUUAAUGACUCCAACCUAAGUGUAUGUAAACUUCCGACUUCAACUGUAUAUUCCGUAUAUACAGUUUGAUUGAAUUAAAUGGGAUGGUACUGCAGUUCAGGUGACACAGUUCAGCAGUCUACAAUGUCAUAUUACACACACACACACACACACACGCCUAAUGAGCGCAAUGUGUUUUGGUAUUUAUUAGACCUAACACCAUAUUGCUUGUUAUAAUGGACAUAAUAUUUAGUCUAUUACCCAGACAGUCCAGGCCACAUUUCCCAAUGUAAGAAUAUUUUUUUAACCUUUGCUGUAGUUUGCUACUCAACUGAACAAUUGUAUUUUUGCAGCCCAGCCGGUUGCCUGUAGGCUGCUCUUGCCAUAUUUGAUAGCUCAUACGAAUUAAACUGUUGUUUUAGUCCAGUGUUUCCCAACUACAGUCCUCGAGUACCCUAAUCAAUACACAUUUUUGUCAGAGAGAAUGGUCGGGCGCGGAACAUAAUUAUAAUAAUUUCUAAACUGCUAAUUGACCGCAUCUGAAUCCAAAGAGAGGUUGCAUUUGAAAAUAACUACUUUCAUACUGUGAUUACAUUGAAACAAGAUCACAUGUCUUUUUUUUUUGUUGUGGGAAUACUUUUGAAAAUAUUUUCUAAAUUAAACAUUUUUUAAAAAUGAAUUCCUAGUGAUUUUACAGUCUUUUUUGAUGCCUCAAAAACUCACUUGGGGCGCCUGUUGCCGACCCCUGGUAUAGGGUGAAGGUAAUGUUUAAGAUUGGCAGUCAUGGGAAUAAAUAUAUUCAUUGAAAGAAUUCGCUGUUAAUUAUUAGCUGACCAGAGAUCUGAUUUAAGAAUGAUAAUUUAUACACAUUAUUGUUGUGUUUCAUUACAGUCUCAGUUUCAUUAUCAAUUUAAAGCAGAAACUAAAACCGCGUUCAUGGUAGGUUAGCCGAGGCACAAGUCAUUGGAAUUGCAGCAAUUUACUUGGACUAAUGAAAGCCCAUGCAGUUGCCAGUGACACUAACUUCAGUGCUGCCAGUCUCACACGCGCGAUCACCAGCUGUCGAACUCUGGGGACAGGAAUAUGGGCGAAUUGACUUGGGGAUCAUUUUUCCUGAGUUUCCUUAAUUUCAAGACAGAAAAAUAUGUCAUCGCCGAAAACAGAAAAUUGGGAAUCUCAUUUAGAGUUUUUCAGAUCUGUGUGCUGGCAUACGUGAUCGGGUGGGUUUUAGUGUUUAAGAAGGGGUACCAAUCGAGGGAGGAGACCGUCCAGAGCUCUGUCAUCACCAAGCUGAAAGGAGUAGUCAUGACCAACAACACGGAAACUGGACUUCGCCUGUGGGGGCCUGAGGAUUAUGUCAUACCUCCAACGGGUGAACAGGUUUUCUUCAUUGUUACAAAUUACAUCGAGACCCCGCAUCAGAGCCUUGGGUUCUGUGCUGAGAGCCCUAAGGUGCCAGAUGGCCAAUGUGUAAACAAUGAGGAUUGUGCUGAGGGUGAGGCGGUAGUUGCUGGCAAUGGGGUGAAGACCGGCCUGUGUUUAAACUCUACAGGGACCUGUGAGAUACAUGGCUGGUGUCCUGUUGAGACGGGACGUAAACCCUUGGAGGCUUUAUUAAGCAAGGCAGAAAUCUUCACAAUUUACAUCAAGAACUCUGUCAGGUUUCCGAAGUUUGAAUUCUCCAAGUCAAAUGUCCUGGACACCGGUAAUGACUCCUAUCUAAAGAGAUGUUCCUAUGACAACGACCUACAUCCCUACUGCCCCAUCUUCCGUCUGGGAGACCUAGUCAGCAGGACUGGACAUGAUUUUCAGGACAUGGCUGUAGUGGGUGGGUCAGUUGGAAUUCUGAUUGAGUGGAACUGUGAUUUGGAUAAGGACUACUCACAGUGUAACCCAGAGUACAGCUUUACUCGUUUGGAUAUGAACUUAAACAGCUCUGUCACAUCAGGCUACAACUUCAGAUAUGCCCGGUAUUACAAAGAUGAAGCUGGAGAGAGCUAUCGGACUUUGUAUAAAGUCUAUGGGAUUCGCUUUGAUAUCAUGGUGAAUGGACGGGCUGGAAAAUUCAAUAUCAUUCCCACAGUAAUAGCUAUUGGGUCUGGGCUCGCUAUUAUGGGCAUGGGAAAAUUUGCAUGUGAUAUGAUAUUUGUCUACAUGUUGAGCACGAGUUCCUUCUACCGAGACAGGAAAUUUGAGAUUCUCAAGAAAGAACGGAUCAAGAAGCACAAAGAGAUUGCGAAGACAUUGGUGAACCGAGACACAAGAAAACACAGGAAACAUGCUGGGGAACAACACGAGCUUACCACACUCUCUACGAAAAACGAGGAGAAACAGGACCCUAAAACCGGAGAGAAAAACGAGGUUCACAUUCUCUCUCCACGAACUGUGGGGCAACGGUAUAAUACUCACCCUCCACGACACUAACCGAUUAAUUCAGCGUGAGACACCAGACUAGAAGCUGCACGUAGGACAACUUACUGUUGAGAUAGCAUAGUAGAAUACACAACUUUGUGUACACAACCAAUAAACUUUGAUUUUACGUGCAAUUAAAACAUUUGGUAGUGCAUC